AUGAUGAAAGAUGAUGGAUCCAGUCCAGUUCUAUCCCCUCCUCCCACAGAAUUUCCCUACCCUACGGUCGAAGAUGAGAAGCCCGUGGACAAGGACAUGCGACUACAAUCCGACACAACCCUCCAUGAAUCCAGCGAAGCCAUGUCUGACGGCCGAGUGUGUGCUGCUGCACGAUCCGAUCCUCCAAGACCCGAUCUGAAUUCACGAAGAUUCGAAACAGAGCGACCAAAACCCGUCGGGCAUCGAGCGUCAAUCUUCGCAAUCCGGAGACGGGCAACUGGUGGGGAAGGGAUCAAACAGGCCCAGCCAUCCACAGAGCGACUAGAAAAUGAGUCCACCUUGUCCUCCAGUGCAUCCUCUUUGGAGGACGAAAAGGCGCGGAGAAGCUGGACGCAGCCGGAAUAUCAGGGUCCGGGCAUGUCACGUUUGAACCAAGUUCAACGUCAUAAAAGACGUCGUGCAGGAAGCAAAGAUCAGUAUGGCCAGUUUGCACUUGGCGAAAAAAGGAAUAAGUCUACAGGCAAGGUCAGGUCAGAUGGUAGGUUAGCCAUUACCGUCAAUGAAAAGGUCAACAGUGGCUAUCUCGCCAAAGCACUUGGUUUGACAUUACAACACCACCUACGACCCCUCCACAGACAGCAUGAAGAAGAGAAGACUGUCUCGCCCGAGCUGAAGGCCCCUGCUACCACUUCUAAGUAUGGCAUUCCGAGGUUGAAUAUUGUGAUCAUGGUCAUUGGUAGCAGAGGGGACAUCCAACCCUUUCUCAAGAUCGGCAAGAUUCUUAAAGAGAAGCAUGGACACCGAAUCCGCAUUGCGACACACCCAGCUUUCAAGAAGUUCGUUCAGGAAGAUAUUGGCCUUGAGUUCUUUUCUGUAGGUGGAGACCCCUCCGAGCUAAUGGCUUUUAUGGUCAAGAACCCGGGUCUCAUACCCUCCCUGGAGACCGUCCGCGCUGGAGAGGUUAAGCGACGCAGAGAAUCGAUGUUCGAGAUGUUCCAGGGAUUUUGGCGCGCCUGCGUCAAUGCAACGGAUGACGAAAAAGACGUAGCGAAUCUGAAGAUGAUGGGGGACCGAUACCCGUUCAUUGCUGACGCCAUUAUUGCUAAUCCUCCUUCCUUUGCACAUUUUCACUGCGCCGAGCGUCUGGGUAUUCCAUUACACCUUGUAUUUACCUUUCCUUAUACUCCUACACAACAAUUCCCUCAUCCGUUGGCAAAUAUCAAAGCGAGCAAUGUUGACACUGAUUAUACUAAUUUUAUGUCCUAUCCACUUGUCGAGUUGAUGACCUGGCAAGGCCUAGGGGACCUUGUCAACCGAUUUCGAGUAAAGACUCUUGGACUUGAGCCCAUGUCAACGCUUUGGGCCCCUGGACAGCUCUUCCGUUUGAAAGUCCCAUAUACCUAUCUUUGGUCACCCAGCUUAGUUCCUAAACCCCCGGACUGGGGACCAGAGAUUGACAUUGCUGGAUUUGUUUUCCUGGACCUGGCUUCCAGCUAUAAGCCUCCACAGGAGCUAGUUAAAUUUCUCGAGGGAGGUGAAGAACCUAUCUAUAUCGGUUUCGGUUCCAUUUCAGGCAUCGAAGACCCAGAUGCUUUCACGAAAAUGGUCUUCGGGGCUGUCGAGAAGGCUGGAGUUCGAGCGCUUAUAAGUAAGGGCUGGGGCGAUAUGGGCAAAGGGAUGGACAUCCCGGACAACAUUCUGCUGCUUGACAACGUACCCCAUGAUUGGCUUUUCCCCAAAGUCCGCGCCGUUGUACAUCAUGGUGGAGCUGGAACCACGGCUAGAGGACUUUUUUGUGGGAAACCUACAAUGAUAGUCCCCUUCUUCGGCGAUCAACCUUUCUGGGGAGCUAUGGUGGCCGCAGCGGGUGCUGGGGCCAAACAGUGUCUGCCACUCAAGAAAUUGAACGUGGACCGAUUCGCGGAAGGCAUCAAGCAAUGUCUCACAGAAGAAGCACGGCAGAAAGCGCAAGAGAUUGCCAAAUGCAUUGAGAAGGAAGGCGAUGGCGCAGAAAAUGCCGUCAAUUCUUUCCAUCGCUCGUUACCUCUAGACGGGGAGCACUCCCUGAGAUGUUUUGUCUUCCCAGGUCGCGUUGCUGUAUGGAGGUACAAAAAGACUCAGGUGCAUCUUUCCGCGCUUGCUGCGGACUUGUUGGUGGAAAGUGGGAAGAUUCAGUGGCGAGAUCUACGACUCUUGAGACAUUAUGAAUGGAAUGACUUUCAAGGGCCCGGAGAACCCAUUACUGGUGCUGGAGGCGCAAUUGUUACAGGCAUUAGCGACUUCAUCAGCGGUCUCUCCAGCAUAGGAGGUAGAGCGAAGAGAGGGUUGCAGUACCGUGAGAAACAAAAGCGUCGCAAGCAACGAAGAACAGUGGCAAACGCUAUAGCUAUACCAGGCGCGAUUGCUCAUCAAAGGUUCAAUCUUGCAGCACCACAGGCAGAUCGGAUUCAGAGUAGAAUGGAUAACAUGGAGGAGGUGAAUUUGCACGGCGUUGCAGCACCACCAGCUGGAAAAUUGCAAUCUUUUGUCCCCACAUCAACCAACCCAGCGCCGGAGGGUCUAGCCACCAGUGGCGAUAUUACAAUAUUCGCUGGCGAGAAGACGCGCGAAAUGCCUGACCCGCCCUCCAUUCCUGUGACGGUUCUGAAAGCCGCAGCACAAGGAUUCGGUCAUUCUGGGAAAGCACUCCUGCGACUGCCAGUCGAUUUCUGGUAUGCUCUUGCUCUUGGAUUCCACAAUGCGCCUAGAUUAUAUGGCGACGGCAGUGUUCGGCCAGCGCCACACACUAUUACUGGCUUCCGCUCCGGUAUGAAAGCAGCAGGUAAUGAGUUUGCAUAUGGUUUCUCGGACGGGAUCACAGGGCUCGUGCGACUUCCCCGUCACGACAUCGAGGAAGAUGGAGCUUUUGGGCUGUUGACAGGGCUUGGCAAGGGGGUGGGUGGGCUCGUCCUCAAGCCCAUCUCUGGUGUGGUUGGUCUUGGUGGCUUUACCGCCAAAGGUGUUGAGACUGGACUGAGGAAGAGAGUGCGAGACACUGGGAAGACAGACCGUUGGAUCCGGCGGGGACGCAUUAAUCAAGCUCAGAAGGACAUUCGUGAGCUACGAGAAAAGAAGUCAAGCCAGGGGAAAGAGGUUGUGUUGGAAGAGGCACGAUCCCAGGCGUUGCGGGCCUGGGCGAUGCAUGAGGAGCAUCAAGUAGAGACGGCAGCGAAGGAGAAAGAAAAGGAGAAAGAAAAGAAGAAAUCACGUAAAGGUAAAGGUAAAGGUAAAGGUCAAGAUCGCGGCACACAGGAGACACCAGAAGCAUGA